UAGAAUAAGUUACAUGAAUGAAUUACCUGGCUCUGUUGGCACAAGUUUCAGCUUCAGUUUGAGAUUAGGCCAGACUUUGUUUUCAUCUGCUUCUCUUCUCUUUAUGUCUUUAGGGGUUGAAUUCUACAGCUACACAGCUUUCUGCUAUUUGGUGACAAUCAUGGGUCUGGUUAUACCUUGGAGUUUCACAUUAGCUUUGGUAGAUGGAUAUUCUGUACUGGUUAAAUGCCCGAUUCGUCAACCCGGAAUACUAUCGAUUAUCAUUGUGGGAGAUUGGGUUUUAUCAACACUCACACUAGCAGCAGCUUCCUCAACAGCUAGUGUUGUAGAUCUCCUGCUUAAUUCCCAAGGAUCUUUUUGUCCUAUAAAGCUUUGCUGCAGGUACAGGAUAUCAGCAGCUUUGGCCUUUGUGUCAUGGUUUCUGUCCUUGGCAUCCUCUCUUUUUAACCUCUAUCUGUUACCCUCUUUGUGAUUCUCUUUUCACUUCCCUGUAAAAAAAAAUAGAUUCACCAUUGUUUAUUUUGUAAUACUUUUCCGAAUUUUACCGACAGUCCUUUGUUAGUGAUGAUGUAUAACUUCAAAACUCAACAUGUAUUUGUUAUAUAGUUUUAAGUAUAGUGAAAGCUCAAUGUUAAUACAAAAUUGCAA